CUUAUUCAAGCAUAACAAUAAAUAAAGUGAGACUUUAUAUCCAUCACAUCUCACCAUCUCAUUCUAUCUUCAUUUUCUUUCGUCCAACGCAAACUUCAUAAUAUUAUUCACAACAAACAAGUGUCAAUCGACAUUUUGAGGUCUCUAAAAUCAAUCAUCCGAAGAUGUCUCCCAAAUAUAUUAAUAUCUUCUAUACAUUAAAAACCAUCUGAUCCCCAUCGUAUCGAAACCAAUCAACCGACUAAAUCUCGCGCAUAAGAAAUUCGAUCAAAACAAUCUUUCAUCCAAUUCAUCGAUCCUCCUCGAUUCCAUCAAAAGCGAAAAGAAGUCUAGUGAAAGGAACGGAUGAAAAAAUUGGUUUAAUUAUGGGUCGCAAUUAAAGGACGAUAACGGAGAAGGAGAAGGAGAGAAUUGCGAGCACGGCGCGAAGACGAACAAAAAGGGAGCAAGGCAGGAGCGUAAACAAGGGGAAUGCAACGUGGGGGUGGUGGCCGCGGGGGUGAGAUAGAAUACGCGCUCAUGCGCGCCUGGAACCCCGCCCUGUCGCUUCGGACGAAAGCUUGUCCCGUCGAGGACUCUCGUUCGAGUUUCGACGAGUAGUCACGCUUUAACUCGCGAUCCGCGAGGCGGAUGCUACCCCGGAACGCGAGUCGCAGGUGCAGGUGUGACCGAUGUAACACGAGCAUUAAAAUCCACUCCGAUCCUAGCUCCUGCACCCUGUGCCGGAUAUCCGUCGCGUGACCCUGCCGAAGACGUGGUUUCGAAACCGGUGACGAGGGAGCCAGGAGGCAGGUGCAGGUGUCAGGGUGUCGUCGUACGUUAGGUGUCUUUGUGUUUCAUUUUGCUUUUCCCUGGAAUUCGUCUUGCCACGUUUCGAUACGCGAUUCAUCCGAUUGGUUAGAUAGAGAUCGGCCCCUUUGGACACUUGUGGAUCGAAGCUCGCGUAGAAGUAACACGGUGACAGGUGUAUUUUGACCACGGUGGUAGGUGGAAGGUGUCGAGGAUUUCUCGAUCAGAAGAGAUAUCGCUGCUUUGGAUACGCGGCUUCGAUCGUUCGGAUUGACUUAGGUAAACAACGGUGUGGCACCGAUCAACUCGGAGAUUUCUAGGUCAACAAGCAGCGGCCAGAGGCAACCAGUUGCGGGUGUUAUCGUUCUUGUAACCCAAGCCAGCGGGAGACUGUGCUCUUUGUCGCGUGAAAGAAAAGAGAGGAGUUCGUCCAUCAUUGGCGAUAAUCUAAUAGAGGCUAAUAAGAGUUCUCGGAUAUCCUGGAGGAUUUAUACGAGAAGAGUCGAGAGGAAAGAGCGAAGGAAACAACUAGAAAAAGAUCUGUCGUUCGUUAGAAAGAAAGAUCAUCGGAUUUCUUUGAUUACGGUUACGGUUAUCGACGAGAAGGAACAGGAGCAAGAAAAUUUCGAUCAAUUCUGAACAACCGACUCGAUGUUCUGAGCGGGUCUCCUGUUGAUUAUACGCGCUAAUGGAUAGUAAUCGAUCUAUCAUCGACUUUCGUUAGUUGGAUAGAUGUUGCCGAGAUUGUUAUGUCUGUUCUCUCGAUUGCUGAAUAAGACAAAGGGACGAACGAAGGUGGAAAACGGAAGAAAAAAAGAAACGUAUUAUCAGAGAGGGAACUGAAAUUAAUUGGAUUACAGAAAUGAUUAGUUAACCGAAUUAUAUCGUGUUUCUAUAUAUUCUUAUCGAUAUUUGUUAAUCGAAGAGAACGAUGAAUUAAUAUUAAGGCCUAAUUAAGAAUUUAAGUUCGAUAACGAUCCUCUCAAGUGUCGUCGAUUACGAGAUAGAGAUUCGGUGAUAAUUCGUUGAGAAGAAAGUGGUUCGUAGAUGUACUUAGCGCAAAGAUAACGGCCUUGAAACUUUUCCACGCGGAUCGGAAGACCAAGCCGAGCGAGCUAGGCAAGAUGCUCUAUGCCCGACAGCGUGACUACAGCUAAAAGGUCGUGAUCGAUCGACUUACUUCGAUGGCCUAAAAGAACUUUAAACGUGCAAGGUCAUUAUGCAUAGCGAUAAAACGGGAACGUUAUAAGGCACAGACAAAUUGGUCGGUUCGUUUGACUGCUAAAACCGGCACUGACCGUGUCACUUGAAAUAACGAACAGCAAACAAACUUUCAAAUCCAUUCCACGAUCUCUGAAAGAGAAUUCAUUAAAGACAGGACACUGCACUGUAACAGAUCAGAUGAUGCGAUAGCAAAAUAUCCGACCAUUUGCAAAAUGUCGUGUCAAGGAUAUUCGAAUGAUCAGGAACAUAUUGCCAUUAGCGAAAUGUGCCGCGUUGAUAGCGAGAUCUCUCUCGAGUUUUCACAGAAUUUCCAUGAGACUUCAAAGGCACCGUCGUGUUUGGCGGAGCAACGAUAACGGAGGACCGUUUUGCCGAGGUCCAGAGGUCUAUUUCGUUUCGAGAGUCUAAAGCAACAACCAAUCGGACUGAUACGAUCAACGAAAAACCGUAGAAACGUAUCGUUCACUUCCACAUGGUCCUAAGCAGUGUGCAUUCUAAAACCGCAUCCGCUCAACGAAAAGUGGAGGUCCUCCUCCUAUUAAAAAGGAGCCUUUUUAAUACGUUCACCGAAAAAACACCGCAAAACUCCGUGUUCAUCGAAUGACGCAGCUCGCUAAAUGAGAUUACCGAAGCAAACUGUGCUUCGAUCGAACGGUCCAAAGAUCUACUACUUGCUCUCCAUGCGAGAGGUGGCUCGAAUUGCGGCCUCGCGAUCGAGCCUACCCCUGACCCCUCUGUAGCCAAGAGACAAAAGCUGCCGUGGCCGACGCUCGAUGAGUCCUAGUGAAGAUAAGGAUCCUCGAGAACCCUCGAUCGUUUCCCUGGAACGGCUGAAGAAGCUCCGGUUGGCACCUAUUUGAGAGCGGUCGGGUGAUGCGCGGGAGCAGCUCUGAGCUCCUGCUGGAGGCGAGCUGCGUCCAGUGUCAGAGCGAUCAUCACGCCGACCAGCACACCAGCACUAGGCAUCACCAGCAACAUCAGGUGAACGAGAAACACGACUUCCAGGAGCAGGAGCUACGUCGUCGCAAGCUGUUGGAGCUCGGGUUCGGCGCUUCGCGGCGCCGACCGUUCAAUUGUACUUGGAGUUCUUGCCGCGAGGGUUGUACAAGCGACGUUUACAGAUGUACGCAUAUAUACGUCACCUACACGCCAUGGAGCAACGCGAGCAUGAAAAACGACACCGGGGGUAGAGGCAACUCGACCGGCAUCGCGCACACCUCGACCACUUCCGUGCCGACUCCCGGCGAUGUGGAGGCGGUGCUCCUGGUGAACAUCAAAGGGUGCGGCUAUCCGCCGAUCGUCGACUGCGAGAACUUCACCCGCGAAAUGGGCUACGAAGGCGCGAAAUUCCCCUGCCAUUACAGCCGUGUGAACGGCAGCAUAGUGAUGGCGAACUAUAACCGCGAGGCGCAGGUCACCACCAUCAUACACUUCUUCGCGGCGCCUUUCGUAGUGACUCUCGCGACCAGCGUCGCUCUGUGUGUGAUGCACUGUGACUGCAGGUGCAGCCCACCCCCACGCCAUUCAUCGCGAGGAAUCAGAAGAGGCAGGGGCAACGAUCUCAGCGAUCACUCGAUAAGCAAUCGCGUGGAUCGACGGGGUCACCCAACGCACUGUGAGUGCGGCGAAGUGACAAGACCCUUAUGACGACGCGAGGAAACGGCCGAGAGUGCCCUGGCCACGUCGCAAUCUGACUUUUAGGCCUUGUCCCACUCACUUCCACACGUUCCGCCCUCGGCCGUUUCAACCCUCUUGAAAAUCCUCCCUUUCCAUCUAUCCAACUCGCCAUCCUUCCAUCUAUCGCACCUUGUAUGUAACACACCUGAUCCUAUCCUUCCACUAGCAUCCCUCACGACCUAUAUAUACACGUAUACAUGUACAAAACGACACCGUGCAAGCACCGUGCAAGGAACGGAGCGAGCCAACAGGUAUAGAGAGAGAGAAAAAGGAAACGAUCUCUCGAAGAUGGAAUUUUUAUUUUUAGUAUUUUUAGUAUAGAAGGUUAAUUUGUGCUAGAGCACACGAUUCUGAGAUAGUAAUUUGAGGUGAUGGUGAUAAUAAUUAGACAUAAAUUGAACUGAAGGAAGAGGAGUUUUGUAAAAUGUGCACUCGAUGAAGAUUAAUUUUUAAUUCUUUAAUUUUAUUGGUUUUCUUUGUUUGAUUUAUUCUUGUAUAAAUAGUUUUUAUGCGGAUUUAAUUUACUGUUUAUUAUUUUGAGAAUUAUUAGACUUCAAUUUUCUUUUUAAUUUUAAAAGUAGUUUUAGGAAGUACGUUGUUAAUGAUGAUAGAAGUAUUUGUAAGUAAAAGAGGGAAUUUGAUUUUGUGAGAAUGAUAAUGAUUAAAGAUAGAAUAGAGUUCGUCAGUCUCAUCUCAGGAACAAUAUAAAAUAGCUUGAAGGAGUCCUAAAGUGUCUUACUUAAUUUUUACUAAAGGAGAAAUGUUCCUCCUUCACUUCGGAUUUGAACUCAAAAGAAGGAUUGUAUACUGUUCAAAUGGAAUGAAAGAGAAUCGUGGAAUGGUUUUUAGAUACAUUAGUAAUUAAAUAAAGUUCAAAUAGAUUUAUAAUAUAAAUAAAUUAUUGAAUUCUUGUUUGUAAUUUUUCAAUAAUUUACAACAAUUAGCAAUUGAAAAGAAAAAAUUAUAUAAUAGAAAAUUUAUCCACUAUAUAGAAUGCCUUCUAUAGAUUUCCUGUUAUUAUUUUAUCUCUAUUUUUAGAUAUGAUAUAUUAGAAUAUAUAUCGAUGUCCAAUCUUCCUUCAAUUUCUCCCUCUAAUGCAGAGCUAAAAAAGACAAUAAAGAAAACGUACAGAAAUUUCUGCAUAAUACUACAUCACCUCAAUAAGUAUUAAAUCAAAGCUCGAAAAUAUUGAAUAGUCUAGGAUAAAAAAUAAAUUUCUAUUUUAGAUAGUUUUCAUUAAAAAAAUAUUUAUUUCGAGUGCCAUUUUACAAGUAUCCCAUUUUUUGGAUCUUUUGUCGUAUAAAAUUGUAGUGUUGUUGCAAAAAAGAAUAUAAUUUUUUAUUAUUAAUUUUAA